AUGUCUUUUUCAUCAGUUUUUCGUAUUUUCCAGCUCAGAUCACGUUCAAAUACUAACCUGGUCUCAUUCACAAACUCUCUACUGCAUCGUCCGCUAACUACAACUCUUUCACUACGCAAUGACAAUAAUGUUCAAAAUGAAGCUUUAACUGAAGGUGAAAAAUAUCUUUAUGAAAAGCUAUCUAAAAAAUUUCAACCUACGAAACUAAAUGUUCAGGACAUUUCUGGCGGUUGUGGUUCAAUGUAUGCAAUAGAAAUUUCUUCUUCAGUGUUUAAAGACUUAUCAAUGAUAAAACAACAUAGAAUGGUAAAUGAAUUAUUACAAGAUGAUAUUAAAAAAAUGCAUGGAAUUAGGGUAAGCUAA